AUGCCCAUAGUAACGGAAGCAGGCUUGGAUGAUGAAGUCACAGAUACUGGCAACUUGGAUGGGAUAUUAGCAGAAUGGGAGAAAAACUUAAAGGACAUAAAAAUACCUGCUUGUUUUAACAAGAUCCCCCAAGAGACUGGGAAGACUUUCCCUCACUCCAAACAAGUUGGGAAUUACCUAGUAGGCAAAAUGAUCAACAAGGGCUCCUUUGCCAAGGUGAUGGAGGGGCUGCACAACCCCACAGGGGAGGAGGUAGCCAUAAAAGUCAUUGACAAGAGAAAAGCAAAACAGGAUUCCUACAUUUUAAAAAACAUGAAGCGUGAGCCAUGGAUACACCAGAUGAUUAAACAGCCCAAUGUUGUUCAGCUAUAUGAGACCCUGGAGAUCGACAACUCCUAUUACAUGGUGAUGGAGCUCUGUCUUGGUGGGGACCUCCUGGACAGAAUUUGUGACAAAAAGAGGCUGGCGGAGAGGGAAGUAAGGAGAUACACCAGGCAAAUACUGUCUGCAGUAGAGCACCUGCAUUGCCAGGGGAUUGUUCACAGGGACCUAAAAAUUGAUAAUUUUCUUCUUGAUGAGAACAACAACAUCAAAAUUGUUGAUUUUGGACUGAGCAAUACUGCAAAAUUUGAGGGUCUCUCCCAGGAGCUGUUACAUACCCAGUGGGGAAGCUCAGCUUAUGCUGCCCCAGAACUCCUUGCUCAUAGGAAAUACAGUCCAAAAGUGGAUGUCUGGUCCAUAGGUGUAAGCAUGUUUGCUAUGCUAACCGGCACAUUACCCUUCACGGUGGAACCUUUUAAUAUCAAGCAACUACAUCAAAAGAUGUUAAUUGGAGAAAUCAGCCCUAUUCCAUCAGAUAUCUCUCCUGGUAAAGCACUCCAAUUUUUAUAA